AUGUCUGUGCAGUGCGCUGAUGGCAUCUCGACGGCGCAACGGAUAUUGCAAGUUGACUCACCCCCGCCCCGAGUAUCGAGUCUUCACUCCGGCAGCGUUUCGGCUUUCCUAGGCAGUGGAAGCGCGAUUUGUAGCGAAGGGGACUUCCGAUGCAACGACGGAAAGUGCGUGCGCUCUGAGUGGCGCUGCGACGGUUCUGGCGAUUGCGCGGGGGGCGAGGAUGAGAAAGACUGUCCCCAUCCCGGCUGCAAGUCCGACCAGUGGCAAUGCGACAAAUAUGAGUUCCACUCCGUCAGCUGCAUUGCCGAGUACCAACGGUGCGACAACAUUACGGACUGUCACGACGGCUCUGACGAAAAGGAUUGUCCCGCCACCCCGGUCAGCUGCUCGUCGCCCGGCGUCUUCCAAUGCGCCGACGGUCGACAGUGCUUCCCGCAGACCAAGAAGUGCGACGGCAUCUACGACUGUCGAGACCUAUCCGACGAGCAGGACACGUGCAACCAAAAUCACAAAGCAUGCUUCCAAUACCAAUUCCGGUGCGCCGACGGGACGCAGUGCAUUCAGAAAAACUGGGUCUGCGACGGGUCGAAGGACUGCGCCGACGGAUCCGACGAGCCGGACACGUGCGAGUUCAAGCAAUGCUCCGCCUCCGAAUUCCAGUGCAAGAACAAACGGUGUCAGCCGAGGAAAUUCCGCUGCGACUACUAUGAUGAUUGCGGCGACAAUUCGGACGAGGAAGACUGCGGCGAGUACAAAUGCCCGCCGGGGAAAUGGCACUGUCCGGGAAGUGGCCACUGCAUCGAAAAGCUGAAGCUUUGCGACGGCAUUUCCGAUUGUGCUGAUGGCGCCGACGAAAAGCAAUGCUCCGAUAACCUCUGCGACUCCCUUGGUUGUCAGGCGGGCUGCCAUGCUUCACCGCAUGGCGGUGUCUGCACUUGCCCCGAUGGAUAUCAACUCGAUCAGCGCUUCCAUCGAACGUGCUCGGAUGUGAAUGAAUGCGCCCAAUUCGGGUACUGCGAUCAACUGUGCGCCAACCAUCGGCCUGGGUUUACAUGCUCUUGCCUGGGAGAUUGCUUCACGAUGCAAAUGAUGCAUGGGCCCGGCAAGGACAAUCAGACCCUGCGCGGCUACUGUGUCUCCAAGGACGCCGACAAGCUGAAGCUCUUUGUAGCACGCCGCGAGGGCCUCUACCGAAUUGAUCCGCACGGUCCCAAUGAGUCCCCAGUGAAAGUGGCUGAUGGCGAAUUCAUCUACAGCGUCGACUACGAUUACUCGGACCGCAAAAUCUUUUGGACCGAUCGUCUUACGCAUGCCGCGUAUAGUGCAAACAUUGAUGAAAGCGGAGAGGUGUCUCAAAUUAGCAAGCUGGGUCUGAAGUCGUUGCUUUUCCCGCGUUCCCUGGCCGUCGAUUGGAUCACCAACAAGCUGUACAUCAUCGAGUCGGGCUCGCGGCGCAUCGACGUCGUCAACUAUGACGGCACUGGUCGCACCGUGUUGCUCGCUGAUGGCAUGACGCUGCCACUGGACAUUGCCCUCGACCCGACUCGCGGAGAGAUGUUCUUCACCAAUCAGUUCAACGUCGAAGGCGCAGCUAUGGAUGGGUCGAGACGGCGUGUCCUAGUCAAAACUCAUACCCAUCAAGUUUCAGGCAUUGUUGUUGACAUCCCGGCCAAGCGUGUCUACUGGGUCGACCCGAAAGUUGAUCGGGUCGAAUCGAUGGAUUACACUGGAAAUGAUCGCCGUGUCGUAGCCCAAGGGAUGAACACCGUGCCUCACCCGUUCGGGCUCGCUCUCUUUGACCAAUUCCUCUACUGGACGGACUGGACUCGGCUCGGAGUUGUAAAGAUCGAAAAAUUCGGUUCACCGACGGAGAUGAUCUGGACGAAGACGGAGAAUAACGUCUUUCCGAUGGGAAUUUCCACUUAUCAUGAGAUGGCCCAGCCCGGUCCUGGACACGCCGACUGCCUUGGCAUGAAGAUCGAAAAUCCUUGUGCAAACAGCCCUUGCGAGCAGAUCUGCCUAUUAGCGAAAGACGCGGGAGGUUUUGGCGUCGGCUUCAAGUGCGCCUGUGAGAUUGGCCAUCGGCUUGUUGACGGAAGGCGAUGCAUUCCGUCAAUUGACUACCUACUCUUUUCAUCAAACAAGAUCGUUCGCGGAAUCUUCCCCGAUAUGGUGCAACCCGCGCUUUCCGAUGCCAUCCUGCCCAUCUCGCCUGUGUCGCAAAGACGUAUCGGGAUGUAUUUUGAGGUCGAAUGCGACGUCAGCGGCGGCUCAUUCUUUUAUGCCGACAUCAUGGAUAACACGAUCUAUCGACAGACAAACAACGGCGAGAGUCAGGCCCCAAUUCUCGUCACCCACAAUGACGGUCUCGUGUCGAUGAGCUUCGACUGGGUGUCUAAGCAAUUGUACUACGUUGACAACAUCCGAAACAGCCUCGAAGUGGUCAAGGUGUUGGAUCAGGGACUAGUGAACCCGGAGUCACUUGUUCACCGCCAGCUGUUGACCAACCUUCGCGACCCAGUUUCCGUUGUUGUACAUCCCUGGAAAGGGCUGCUCUUCUAUGCCGAAGCGCAACGCCCCGCCAGAAUCUAUCGCUGCUUCAUCGAUGCCACUAACUGUCAGGUCAUACGGAACACCACCUUGGGCCGACCCUCGGAGCUGGUCAUCGACUUCGAACGGGACAAGCUCUGCUUUGGUGAUACCCUGCUGAAAACCAUCAGCUGCAUGGACUUUGAUGGAGGCCGUGUCGCGGUGCUCCCGAUCGACACGCCGCCAAUUCCGAUUGCGCUCGCCAUUAUGGGAGAAAACCUCUACUACGUCCAUCAACGUCCCUAUUCGAUUCGGCGCGUUAACAAGAUCAACGGGGGUCCCGGACAUGUCAUCCGCGCUUUCGAUAAGGAGGAAAGGAGUAUUUUCUCCCUGAAAGCGUGCUCCCAAGGCAAUCAGCCUCCACCCAACGACUCCCAGCAAGACCACCCCUGCCACGUCAACUCCGAUAGCGAGGAGGCGUGCCGGCACCUUUGCUUCGGUGUUCCUGAGAAGGAAGACUUUUCCGAUGCGCACCCCCGUCUCGUCAAACGCUGUGGCUGCAAGGAUUCGUUCAAAAUCGGACCCUCCGAUCCGCAUCUAUGCGUGCGCGACUCAUCCGCCCCGAAAGAGGAGACGGUACAAUGCGCCAAGGACUCGCAGUUCCAGUGUGCCAACGGGCGCUGCAUUCCGAACGAAUGGAAAUGUGAUGGGGAGGAUGACUGCCUGGAUGGUUCCGAUGAGGUCAAUGACAAGCAAGAAAAGUGCUACCAUGAGGAAGAGUGCCCGGAAAAUACGAUCAAAUGCAAAACGACGAAAAAGUGCAUUCCCGCCCAGUACGGCUGUGAUGGGGACAACGACUGCGGCGACUUUUCCGAUGAGGAUGCACAGUACUGUAAGGAGGGACAACGGCCGGUCUGCUCGGCCAAGAAGUUCCAAUGCGACAACCACCGCUGCAUCCCGGAACAGUGGAAGUGCGACUCGGAUAACGACUGUGGGGAUGGUUCUGAUGAAAAGCUGGAGCUUUGCUCUAACGUCACUUGUGCUGCCAAUCAGUUCUCGUGCGCCAAUGGUCGGUGUAUACCAAUCUAUUGGCUUUGCGAUGGAGACAACGACUGCUAUGAUAACACCGAUGAAGACAAAGAGCGCUGUCCCCCUGUGCAAUGCAGAGCCGAUCAGUUUAGAUGCGCCAAUGGACGUCAAUGUGUCUCGUUGCGGAACCAGUGUGAUGGGCAACAGGACUGCGAAGAUGGCUCUGACGAAGACAGCUGUGCCGUGCAGCAAGGAGCCUGCACCAGCGAGCAGUUCAAGUGCCUUUCGACGGGGUUCUGCAUUCCAUCCAACUGGAAGUGCGACGGACAGCGGGAUUGCGACGAUGGCUCCGACGAGCCACGUGACUGCGGCCGAGGUCAGCAAUGCAAGCCCGAGCACUUCCGUUGCGCCAACGGGCGCUGCAUCCUAAAUGCCUGGAAAUGCGACGGAGAAAAUGAUUGUGGCGACAACUCGGAUGAGUCUGAAGCUAAUGGAUGCCAGAAAAAUGCCAACGCGUUGAAAUGCCCAUACGAUCAAGUGGCCUGCCCUGACGCUCCCGAGCAGUGCAUUCGCCUUGAUCAACUAUGUGAUGGGAAGGAACAAUGUCCCGGCGGUUCCGACGAGGGAGGACGCUGCGGUCGAAAUCUCUGCACGGCCGAUCGGGCCGGCUGCGCUUACAAGUGUCACAACGGACCAGACGGCCCACUCAUCAAUAAGACUCGCUGUGAGCCGGAAAACGAAUGCCUCGACGCGAGAACGUGCUCUCAACGUUGUAAGGAUCUUAAACACGGCUGGGAAUGCUCGUGCGAUGAUGGCUACGUCCUGGAUGCCGACAAGAAGACGUGCAAAGUGAGCGAAAAUCGGGGAGAGGCCCGCGUGUACGUGUCCAACCGAAAUCGCAUCUACUGGAGUGACGCCGGACUCGAAAACUGGCGAACGUUUGCCGCUCAGAAGAUUUUCUCGGCCACACGCAACGGCACGAACGUUAGCGUUGUCGUUGGCGAAGGUCUGGACAUCACAGAAGGCAUUGCAAUUGACUGGGUGGCUCGGAAUAUCUACUGGGUGGACUCCUCACUAAACACCAUUGAGGUCGCAAGCCUCGACAAGCCGGGCGCACGUUCUUUGCUCGUCCAUGAAAAUGUCUCACAACCCAGAGGAAUUGCUGUCGAUCCAAUGGAAGGCCUCCUGUUCUGGUCGGACUGGGGACAACUGCCACGGAUCGAGCGUGCCAACAUGGACGGGUCGGACCGACGGAUUCUCGUUAAAGACAAAAUAUACUGGCCAAACACCAUUGCCCUUGAUUUCACCACGAAGCGUGUCUACUUUGCCGACUCCAAGCUAGACUACAUCGACUUUGUCAACUACGAUGGCACAGGAAGAACCCAAGUCAUCUCGGCCUCGAAAUUCGUGCAGCAUCCACAUGCUGUAGCAAUCUUUGAGGAUAAGAUGUACUACUCCGAUCGUCGACUCCAGAAGCUUCAAGUAUAUCCAAAGUACCCUAACGGAACCAAUGGAGACUACAAAUCACACACAUUCUCUAAAGCGCUCGGCGUUGUCGCCGUCCAUCCGGUUCUGCAACCAAAGGGCAUCAAGAAUCCGUGCGACCGCAAUCUUUGCAGUCAUCUCUGCUUGAUCGGCAAGAAGGGGACCUACACAUGCACGUGCCCGAUGGGCCGCAAAUUGGACACAUCUGGCCACGAAUGUCUCAACGACGAGCAACCAUUCUUGUUGCUGAUCCAGAAGACGAACGUCUUCGGUGUACAGAUGGCGCCCAGGGACAACAGCGUGCCUCUGCUCUCCGGAAUGACGCCACUUGCCGGCUUCACAAACGCCUUUGACGCCGGCUACGAUGCAGACGCCCAGGAACUGUUCGUACUGGAGCACUCGAGCGUUGCCCGUUCCCUUCUGCAAAUCUCCACCGAUUCGGCAAUAUUCCGAGCCAGCCUCAGCAACAAUAAUCGCUCGCAGAUCUUUGCCAGCCAAGUGCCGGAUGAUGCCUUCUGUAUGGCUUUCGACUGGAAUGGGCGGAACCUCUUCGUCGGCAACAAGAUUUCACAGACGAUCGAAGUGAUCAGAACGAGUGGAAAACAGUAUCGUGCCACAAUCCUGACCAACGACCAAUCGCCAACGGCUGUCGUGAAUCCGGUCGCCAUUGCGGUGGAUGCCGACCGAGGUGUAGUGUUCUGGCUUGAUCGCGGCGGCGGUGCAGCCAACCCAAAGGUGGCCAAGGCCGGCACAGACGGUACGAACGCGAUUGUCCUGGCAACGAACGACUUGACCGAGCUGGAUCAUAUCGCGCUAGACACCAGCCAACAAAGGGUCUAUUUCUCUGAGGCAAAAGCUGGCCGCAUUAGCUCGGUCACCUACGAUGGCCAAGAUCGCCAUUACGUCCUGAAUGAUGCUGGAAAGCAGCCAAAUGGGCUUGCUUUCUUCUCGGAUCGUCUGUUUUAUGCCGACUCAGCCUUCGAUGCCAUCGAGGUGGGCACGGUCGUCGGCGAUGGGCAACCGCCCGCUUUCUCUGUGUUCAAGAAGGAUAUCGAGAACCUCGUCAAUAUCAAGGUCGUUCAGCCUAGGCCCUCAUCGGUACAUCAUCCAUGCCGCACCAGCAACGGAAACUGCGCCCAUAUUUGCAUCCCGCAGCCUUUCUCGCAGCUCAAGUGCAUCUGCGCGACCGGCUACCGCAACGACGGCUCGACCGGAUGCCGACUCUACGAUGAGGAAUUUGUCGUCGUCGCGUCGAAGAACAAGAUCAUCGGCGUUCCGCUAGAGGAAGCCGCAACCAAGGGCGUUGCAAUGGAGCCAAUUGGCGGCAUGUCGAUCUCCUCGGUGGAUUAUGAUUUUGAGAGCAAGACCAUCUUUGUCGCCGAAACCAGCGGAAUCAACAAGGGAAUCACGGCCUACACUCUUGGGGACGCGCAGCCUCGUGCCCUCAUCCGGGAUCACUUUGGAAGCUACACGAUCCGGAGCAUUGCUGUCGACUGGAUUAAUUACAAUAUUUACUUCCUCAGCGUAGCAAAACUUGACGGUCAGUAUCGCAAAAUCAUCUUUACGACCAAGACCGAAACGCCGACGAGCAUUGCUGUCGAUCCAAUUGGAAGGUAUCUAUAUUGGGCCGACGGCGGACAGAAACCAACGAUCCAACGGGCUUACUUGGAUGGAACUCGCCGGGAGGUCAUAGUUUCCGAAGACAUCAAGGAACCCACGGACUUGAUCGUUGAUCCGGCAUCCCAUAUGCUCUACUGGACCGACGCGAAGAUGGACGGAAUAUACCGCGUUCGAGCCAGCGGCGGCAAGCCAGAGCUGGUGCGCACCGAUAUCGCGUCGGCGACCGGCAUUGCCCUCUUCCGUGAUCUCAUGUACUGGACGGACAAUCGACUCGAAAAAGUGUUCAAGGCCUCCAACAAGCCGAACCAAACAUCGCUUGUCCUCUCACCGACCACGCUUACAGCAAACAUCAAGGAUCUUGGUGAUGUCAUAGUUUUUGCUGAAGACAACCAGCCGAAAGCCAGUUCCCCUUGCCAGAUCACCGACAAUCUGAGGAAGGCCCCAUGCGCCCAGCUCUGCUUCUCCCAACCCGGAACUCAGACGCCAAAUUGCGCCUGUGCACGCGGAAUUCAAAAGGGACGGACCUGCGAAGAACCCGACACCUACCUGAUGUUCUCUGAUGGAGAUCGCAUUGUCGAUGCUAAUAUCGAACCCGACAUUAAAUCUCCUCGUCCCAUGAAGGAGGCCCUGCCUCCUAUCGAAAACCUGCAAAUGUUUGACGUAGAUGUUAAUUUGAGACGAGUGUACUACGUUACUGAAAGCCCAGCCGGCGUCAACAUCUCCUGGUUCUCGAUGAACAACGCAAAUAACCCGCGCCUGGUUUUCGGUGCAGGCAAGCAGAAGCAUGCCGCGGCGGUCCGGCACAUUUCCGACGUGAAGCUGGAUUGGCUGACAGAGAAGCUCUACUUCACUACGGGUCGUCAUGGCAAGAUCUACGCCGUCGACACAGAGGGACAGCAUAUGGCGACGAUUGCAAACGGCGAUUGGACAUACGCAUUGGCUGUUGACCCAUGUGCCGGGCUUCUCUUUUGGUCGGACAAUGGGUACAAAAUUACUGGUGGGCCCUACCAGCCGCGGAUCGAGCGCUCAAACUUGGCGGGCGGCAACCGCGAGGUCAUCAUCUCGGAGAACGUCGGGCUCCCCGCCACAUUAGCGGUGGAUUUCCGGGACCAAAAGCUCUACUGGGCCGACGUCAAUCGCCUUACGAUUGAAUGCUCCGACUACGAUGGAUCCAACCGCAAAGUUCUGGCUACCGGCUAUCGGGCACGCUCGUUGGAUAUCUGGGACAAAUGGCUCUACGUAUCGGACCCGCUCAGCAACAGUAUCUUCCGGUUGAACAAAGAUUCUGGUGGUGAUGUGGAGGUCGUUGUCGCGGAUAGACGAAUCCCGGGCACGCUGCAGGUCUACGCUUCGGAGGACGACGUCAAAACCCGGGACCAAUUCUGCAACGCGCAGACCACUCAGCUGUGCAAGACCAAUAAUGGUGGCUGUGAGCAGUUGUGCCACGUCGUUUCUGAUCAGUUGGGCGUGGCCGCAUCGCGCGUGCAAUGCGGUUGCAAUGAUACAUACGAACUCGUGCAACAGCCUGGCAAAGACUAUGCGACGCAAUGCGUGCUUAGGAGCGAGACGCCCCGCACUCAAUGCCAGCCACCAUACAACUACCAGUGCACAAACGGCGCAUGCAUCUCGCUGGGACGCACAUGUAACGGCGUCCCUGACUGUUCGGAUGGAUCUGAUGAAGAACAGCGGUAUUGCGAGACGAGAACCUGUCCUGAUGAUUACUUCCUCUGCACAAAUCGACGCUGCAUUGACGGAACGCUUCGCUGCAACAAUAUCGAUGACUGUGGCGACGCUUCGGACGAGAUUGGCUGCCCUUCGCUUGCCGCCAGCUGCGAUGCCGGCCAAUUUGCAUGCCCGAAUGGAGCUUGCAUCAAUCAGACCAAGGUAUGCGAUGGCCAAAAGGACUGCCCUGGCGUGGCGGAUGAGUCAGCGGAAACAUGCCCGGGAUUGCCAAUUAUUUGCCGUGGUGUCCGGAAGAAGUGCCCGAACACGAACAUCUGCAUCCAACCAGCCGAUCUUUGCGAUGGAUAUGAUGAUUGUGGAGACAAGGCGGACGAGGACAAGCUCUUCUGUAUGAGCCAACAAUGCCCGCAACACUACGCUCGAUGCCCGAAUGGACGUUGUAUCCCCGAAAACUGGCAGUGCGACGGUGACAGCGAUUGUGGCGCCGAUGCCUGGGACGAGACGCACACCAACUGCACAAGUCCGGAAGGGAAGAAGAUAUGCGUGGGCGACUACCUGUUCCAAUGCGACAGCGGCAAGUGCAUCUCCAAGGCAUUCAUUUGCGAUGGCGAGGAUGACUGCGGUGACGGAUCCGACGAGCAUGCUCGCCAUCAGUGCGGGAACCGAACCUGCGGGACAGACGAAUUCCACUGCGCCUCGAAUGCACAGCUUGCGCAGCCCAAGUACGAAUGCAUCCCAAAGGCUUGGCUCUGCGACGGUGACGUGACCUGCGCCGGGGGUGAGGAUGAGAGCAGCGACCUUUGCAAGACCGAAAAACGGGAAUGCAACAAGGGCGAGUUCCGAUGCCAGAACCAACACUGCAUCCCACAGGCCUGGGAAUGCGAUGGCGACAAUGACUGCUUAGAUGGCUCGGAUGAACACCAAAAUUGUACCUAUUCGUCGUGUCAGCCUGAAUUCUGGCAAUGCGAGAACCACAAAUGCAUCCCAAGCUCGUGGCGCUGCGACGGCAACGAUGACUGUGGCGAUGGUUCGGACGAGAAGAAGUGCGCCGAGCAUCAGAAAGAAGUCGGCGGUCUCGACUCUACCUGCGUCAAGGGGCAAUUCCAAUGCGCGAACGGUGACUGUAUCGAUGAGAAAAAGGUGUGCGACCGCAACUACGACUGCGCGGAUCGGUCGGAUGAGAGCGAAAAAUGCUUUAUCGAUGAGUGCGCAAAGGCCCAGCACCCGAUUUGCGAACAAAUUUGUACGGACCUACCGAUCUUGUACAAAUGUGAUUGUCACGAUGGCUUCGCGCUUGAUCCCCUGGACAAAAAGAGUUGCCACAACAUUGAUGAGUGCUAUGAAGGGACCUCGAACUGCUCGCAGACCUGUCAGGACAAGGUCGGAUCGUUCAAGUGCGGCUGUGUAGACGGGUACAGCUUGGCACGGGACGACAAGACAUGCAAGAGGGUUAAUUCUGAGCCACAACCAUACCUGCUACUUGCCAACAAGCACUACAUUCGGAAGCUGUCCGUGGAUGGCAAUCUCUAUGAGAUGGCAGCGCAGGGUUUCGACAACGUCGUGAGCAUGGAUAUCGACAUGAAAGAUCAAAAGGUCUACAUCGUCGAUAUUGGCAAGCUUCGACUGUUCAGCGUCGAUUUGGAUGACAUGGCCGACACGCCGGUCUCCCAGUGGAAGACGGUGAUGCGCCACAACAUUUUUGGCACUGAAGGCUUCGCGAUUGAUUGGGUCGGACGCAAAAUUUAUUUGCUGAACAGGCAGGAGCGCGCGAUUCGUGUCUGCGAAUUGAAUGGUCGUUCAUGCAGGACGCUAAUCCGCGAUCGCAUCCAGCAGCCAAAGGCCAUCGUCGUUCAUCCACAAGAGGGUUAUCUAUACUUUACUGAUUGGAGUCUGCAAGCCUACAUUGGCAAGGUCGCAUUGGAUGGCUCCCCUGGAAUGGCGGAUCCGAUAGUCAAACUUGCCGAAAACGAUCUCGGCUGGCCAAACGCUUUGGCAAUUGAUUAUUAUUCCGGAAGGCUGUUUUGGGGUGACGCUCAUCUCAACGAGAUUGGGUUCAUGGACCUGAACGGCAAUGGUCGAAAACACAUCAGAGCAAAGCGAACCUCACAUGUGACCAGCAUGACGGUCUUCGACGAUACCCUCUUCUGGAGCGACUGGAAUCUGAAGGAAGUAGUGUCAUCGAACAAAUGGCACGGCUCGAAUGAGACAACACUCGCAAAAACCAUCCAACUGCCUAACGACGUCCGUAUCGUCCACCCGCUUCGCCAACCCGACUGGCCAAACCCUUGCGGCGAGGACAACGGCGGUUGCUCCCAUCUUUGCCUAAUUCAGGCGGGUGGUAAGAACUUCACAUGUGCUUGCCCGGACCAGUUCAUUUUGCUCGAAGAUGGCAAAUCAUGCAAAGCCAACUGCACCGAGCGACAAUUCGCCUGCGGCGGCGAUGACGCUAAGUGCAUCCCCAAGCUGUGGUACUGCGAUGGAGAACCGGAUUGUGCUGACAAAAGCGAUGAGCCGGGCGAGGAAAUUUGUGGCCAGAGAAUUUGUCCCGUUGGCGAGUUCCAGUGCAAGAACCACAAUUGCACCCGACCAUUCCAGAUGUGCGAUGGAUAUGACGACUGCGGAGAUGGCUCGGAUGAGAUGGAUUGCGACAAGGCAUGCGAUCCCUGGAUGCACAAGUGCAAGAACACGGGCAAGUGCAUCCCAAAGCGAUUCACAUGUGAUGGCGACGACGAUUGUGGAGAUCGCUCUGAUGAGAACGACGAAAUAUGCAAAAACCCGGCCCGCAAUUGCACUGCAGAGGAAUUCCGAUGUUCCAACCACAAAUGCAUUGCGAAGGCCUGGCAGUGCGACAACGACGACGACUGCGGCGACGGCUCGGACGAAACCCCUGAAUGUGCCAGUCAAGACUGCCGAAAGGGUUGGAGCCGCUGCUCUGGAUCGUACCGCUGCAUACCCGAUUGGGCCUUCUGUAACGGGCAAGACGAUUGCCGAGACAACUCGGACGAGCAUCGUGAACAUUGCCCGUCGUGUGACGACGUCGGUGAAUUCCGUUGUGCAACGAGCGGCAAAUGCAUUCCGAAGCGUUGGAUGUGCGACAGCGAAAACGACUGUGGCGAUAACUCGGAUGAAACGGCUGAUGAGUGCGGUGGAACAUCGAGGCCCUGUUCCGAAAGUGAAUUCCGCUGUAACGAUGGGCGCUGCAUUCCAGGCAACAAGGUUUGCGACGGAACGAUCCAAUGCAAUGACGGAUUUGACGAGGAACAAUGCGACCAUCGCAAGUGCCAGCCGGGACAUCGUAAAUGCAAGGACGAUACCUGCAUCCCCGAACACAAAUGGUGCGACCGGAAGAAGGACUGCUUGGAUGCCUCGGACGAGACAAACUGCACGACGGUCUCUCGCCGCGAGUGUUCGCCCUUCGAGUUUGAAUGCGCCAACUCGACGUCUUCCGAGUGCCGCUCUGGCAACUGCAAACCACCACUGCGGUUCCGCUGCGCGCACUCGAAGCUGUGCCUCAACAUUCUGCAACUGUGCGACGGCUAUUCGGACUGCGGCCCCAUUGACUCGUCUGACGAACAUCUGUCGAUGUGUGCCUCUUUCUCGGAAUAUGGCGAAUGUGGCGGCGAGCAGUUCAAGUGUGCCAAUGGCCAUUGCAUCAACCAAACGCUCGCCUGUGACAGGAACGAUGACUGCGGCGACCAAUCAGAUGAAAUUGGAUGCAACAAGCAUGCCGGGAAGACUUGCGAGAGCCAAGGAGACAACGGGGGAUGCAAACAUCUCUGUACCGACGUCACCGAUGGGUUCUACUGCCACUGCCGCGAUGGAUUCCAACCCGACCCCUCGAAUCCUUUCGAUUGCGUGGAUAUCGACGAAUGCAAGGGCAACAAUACCUGUACUCAGAUGUGCCUCAACACCAAGGGCUCGUACCUUUGCAAGUGUACAGAUGACUAUGAAAAUAAUGUCGUCGUCGGAGCAAUGACCGGCAAGGAUUGCCGAGCCAAGGGUGAUCCGGCUGAGGUGAUGAUUGCUGCGGACGGCAACCUGGUUCAAGUCGGUCUCCACCACGGCAACGGUGUGAACAUGCAUGCAGCUGCUGAGGCCGAGAAUGAAGACAAUGACAUCAUCUCCCUGGACUUUGACCCUAGACGUGAACUGAUGUACUGGAUUGAUGAGGACAAGAAGGCUGUCUACCGCUCGGCUAUCGCCAAGGGCAACCAAUCUCACGACGGGCAACAGUUGGACAUCGAUUUCGAGUCGCUCGGAGUCAACCCGACAGCGCUUGCCGUCGAUUACUUGACUGGCAACCUUUUCAUCACCACCACCCAAAACGAAGAGGCGCGGCGCGUGAAACGCAUGAGUGAGCCGAUGGGUGCCGGACAGGGAGGUGCCGUCUGGGUGGCACUUGGAGACGGACGAUACAUGAGAAAGUUGAUCUCGAGCCAUCUCGAGUCUCCAAUGUCCAUCGUUACGCUCCCUGAGCUCGGCCGGAUCUGCUAUGGGGAUGGCGGGCAGCGAGCAAAGAUCGAAUGCGCCGACAUGGAUGGCAUGCAUCGUAGCAUACUAGUCAAGGACCUUAUUAAUUCACCAACGUCCAUCACCGUGGAUGAGGCUAAGGGAAAUCGCAUUUUCUGGGCGGAUCCCAAGUUCAGGCGCGUCUGGUCGAUUUUGCCAGAUGGAACAGAUCGUCAGGUGGUCGUCCAAGAUAAGGCUGUUCCCUAUGCCGUCGACAUCUUUGAAAACCACCUCUACUGGAUAUCCCGUGAGACGAAGAGCCUCUACGUUCAGGACAAGUUUGGGCGUUCACGCGUCUCUGUCCUGGCAUCCAAUCUGGAGGACCCACAUUCGCUAAAGAUCCAGCAGCGAUACGCAAAGGACACCCAACGCCUGAGCUCCGGAUGUGAUUCUAGCAAAUGCUCUCACAUCUGUGUCGCGCUCCCCAACAAAGCCAUCAAUUGCCUAUGCCCGGACGGCAUCCCUGCACAGACGGACGGCUCUUGUCGCGCCACCACUGUUUCAGCGCUACCGAUGCCAAAGCAAUGCAAUUGCGUGAACCACGGAAGAUGCCAACUCGAUGGCACCUGCCAGUGUCCCAAUGAAUUCGAGGGCGAGUUCUGCCAGACGGCCUCCACCAUCAGCAAGCAGAUCAUCGGACGAAUCUGGGAAAACGUCCUACUUUCACUGUUGCUGCUAUUGGCCGUCUUGGCCGCUCUCGGACUGGUCGGCUUCUUUGCGGUGAUGCUGUGGAAGAAGCGCUCGCUGCUGCAAAAGAAAAACGAUGCGGCCGACGGAGCAGUGGCCUUCCACGGCAACGUCAUCUCGUUCAGCAACCCGGUGCUAGACAAAAACGAACCCGAUGCGGUCGAGUACGACAUGCAGACCUACAGCACGUCAUCUGGGGUCGACUCCACCAAUUUCGCAAACCCUGUCUAUGACAUUGCAGAAAAUGAUGACACCCCGUCUACCUCAUCCACCUUGAGAAUGUCGGAGAUGCGUAGCCGACCUCAGGAGUACGAUGGGGUCAGCACAAGCAGUGAGCUUCCGCGACCAGGCAACGACAUGAUCGCUACCGGCGCUGACCUUGGUGUUUCGAUUCCAACUCAAGCAAAAGAAUCGUCAAAGAGCCCUGCUGAGCCACCAGCCUUGCCCCCACGGCCAAAGAAAGACGCGAACCGAGGGCUCUCGUUCGACAACCCGCUGGCGAUGGAGAAGAUCGAUCUGGGCGACGAAGACGUCGCCGAUGUC